UUUCAAGGCGAACGUCCUCGCGACAAUGCGGAGUGGUGUCAUCGAUGCAGUAGGUGCUGGCUCUUUGUCUGCGCCGCGCGCUGCGGGUCACGCCGAUGCUAGUAGUCGUCCUCCUGUUACUGUACCGGGAAGAGUAGAACGAGUCGGACUCGGAGUGAAAAUAACAACCACGGGAACUAAAAAUGGAAAUGCUGUGACAAGUAAGACAGGAGCUACAGUAGAUCAUACCGGGUCCCAAGAACAGCAAGCCGAGGAUACGGACUCCUUUCGAGAAAACGGCAGUGUGAUGUUGAAGCACCAAGGACAAGGAACCGGGAGCGUGGAGCCGGGGUGUGCGAGCAAUCGCGAGGCCUAUCAAUAGAAAAAAGCUACGACGCAUGAUCAUAUUUCUGAAGGCAAGAUAAGGAAUUGCACAGAUGACAGAUGAAGAAAGAUCUGUCGUCGGCGGGCCCCUAGCACACUGUGUCGAAUAGCACUACAGACUUUCCUCUCGCUAUGUGAGUGAUUUUAUUCUUGCAUCACCAUUAGUACCUGAAGUGAGAGCCCUCAUGCUCAUGCAAUGAAUAAAAAAGAAUAGUAGAUGUAGAAGUACAUCUACUACAUCGCGACCGCAUGGAAAGAGUAGUUGAAGUAUUUGUAUCUCGCGCCGCCGUCGAGUGGGCUUAAGCUUCACGCCGCGAAAUUUUCUACAUACCUACGGAACAACCGGACACAAGGAAGGUGGCCAUGACUGUAAGACGGAAGAGCGCACUUGGCCCUCAACCCCAGCAAUAGCGCGCGCGCGUGGAUGUGUAUUAAGUAGGAAAUGGACAAACUAGUACCAGACAACGGCCCGCAGCGUUUUUCAAAGCGGAGCGCUGCGGCUUGUCACGAGAAGGAUGAAACUGAAUCUAGAUGGCUCCGCGCGGGCAGGAAGCUGACCGCUUACAUCAAUAGGCGAGGCCAACUUUGAGGCAGUCCGUUUUUCGUGUGUAAGGCCGACGCGCAUGAAGCCGGCCAGUAUCUGUGCCACCAUGCACGACAGGCCGGCACACCAGGACCAAGCUGCCUCGCGAUGCAUUGACGCUGCCAACGCGGGAAAAAAAGCGCCGCUCGAGCUUGGUAUAGUAGUAGAUUGUUUGAAGGAUCUAGCACGGACGGUCGCGGGUAGUGCAUGACUACCGCGCCAGCUUUUUGCUGUUUGAUAAGCCCUACGCCAUGUCUAUGAACGUGGUGCGUGUGGUGGAGAAAGCAGCUGGCCCGCUUCUGGCUUGCCUUGCAUGUCUCGAGCGCCGACCGGAACAGUGGCCGUCGACCGCAUUUUUGAGCUACGCACGCGGCGCGUGCAGCGAGUUUCCAGCGAUGCAACGAUGGGUGUACGAACGCUGUGAGGUCUGGGACGCACUGUACUGGGCCGCUUCGCGCGAACGAGUACCGUUUUCUGCCGUGGCGCAGCAGCGGAUACAGGUCACUGAUGCCAACCACGGAUGUACUAAGGAGUUGAGCGAUUUUUCCCCGCUUUCAGGCGACAAAGAUUUUUCAUACUCGGCAUCGUCCGCGAAAACGUUCACGACAUCGCCUGUGAGACCCGUCGACGGAGCGGCGCGCGAAUGGGCAGUGCACCACUACAAGGCACGAAGCGAAAAAAAUACCGAGAACGAAACCGAUGAGAGCAGCGAGCAGGUGUG